CCGUCACCUCUGCAUUCUUCAACAUCUGUGUUUUUUACCUGAAAGUGAAACCAAAGGUGUAACCUUUAUCUGAAGUUUGUGAAACCCUCAAGAGAGAUUGAUGCCAAUUUAGCAGAGAUAGAUAGAUAUGGCGAGGCCAACGGGGAAGCAGAAUUAUGGGAGAGUUGUGUUAGUUUCAUGCCUCGCUCUUUUAGCCGCCGGACUUGUUGCAGACUUCCUUUGGGCUUCUUCUCAUCGUUUCUCCUCCAUUGGAAUGUCUCUUCCCUCCUCCGUUACCACUGUGAUCGGACAACUCCCUCCUAAUUCCAAUGGUAAAGACACUGGGAAGAAGAAGGAUAAAGUUCGGGAGAGGAAACUUUCUGCAACGUUUCAAGAUUUAGCUGCUCCUGAACUUAAAUGGGAGAAGAUGGCAGCUGCUCCUGUGCCUCGUCUUGAUGGAGCUGCGAUUCAGAUUAGGAAUUUUCUAUAUGUGUUUGCUGGUUACGGCACCAUUGAUAUUGUACAUUCCCAUGUUGAUAUAUACAAUUUCGUCGAUAAUACAUGGGGAGGAAGAUUUGAUAUGCCAAAAGAGAUGGCACAUUCACAUUUAGGGAUGGUUACGGAUGGGAGAUAUAUCUACAUUGUAACUGGUCAAUAUGGUCCUCAAUGUAGAGGGCCUACAGCUAAAACAUUUGUGCUUGACACUGAUACAAAUACUUGGAGUGACUUCGUUCCUUUGCCAGUUCCUAGGUAUGCUCCAGCUACUCAGCUAUGGAGAGGAAGACUCCACGUGAUGGGUGGAAGUAAGGAGAAUCGGCAUACACCAGGGCUUGAACACUGGAGUAUUGGAGUAAAAGAUGGGAAAGCAAUGGAAAAGGAGUGGAGAAGUGAAAUUCCAAUCCCUCGUGGAGGACCUCACAGAGCAUGUGUGGUAGUGGAUGACCGGCUUUUUGUCAUUGGAGGUCAAGAAGGUGAUUUUAUGGCUAAACCAGGAUCUCCUAUCUUCAAAUGCUCACGCCGUAUGGAGGUGGUGUUCAGUGAUGUCUACAUGCUGGAUGAGGAAAUGAAGUGGAAAGUUAUGCCAUCGAUGCCAAAACCCGAUUCCCAUUUUGAAUUUGCUUGGAAAGUUGUUAACAACUCCAUUGUAAUCGUUGGAGGCACCACAGAGAAGCAUCCUGAAACCAAAAAGAUGGUCCUUGUUGGUGAAAUCUUCCAGUUCAACCUGAAUACAAUGAAAUGGUAUGUGAUUGGAAAGUUGCCAUACCGUGUGAAGACUACGCUGGUUGGGUAUUGGGAGGGGCAGUUAUACUUCACCUCGGGGCAACGAGACAAAGGGCCAGAUGAUCCCGCACCGCGUAAGGUGAUGGCAGAUAUGUGGAGAACCAAACUGAUAUUGAAUCCAUGAAGAGAGACAGAAUCAGUCUCCCUUUUGUAAUGCAAAGUCAAAACAUUCUUUUCAAGUUAAUAUUAUUUGAGCAUAACUCAUCCCACUACACAAACAAUUGUUGUAUCUAUCUUCUAUAUGUUGAUGGAGCAUUUGUAUAUUGUAAACAAACUUGUUAGAAACCCGACAACGUUUAGGUGUGAAAAUCAUGAAUGAGAAAAUAGUUACACAUAUUUCUUUGGUAAUCAAUUUCAUAUUUCUCC